AUGAGGAAGAGGAUAGACGAGCGAAUCAGAACUCUCAUAGAGAAUGGCGUCAAAACAAGGCAUAGGUCCAUGUUUGUCAUCAUUGGCGACAAGUCUCUUGAUCAGAUUGUAAAUCUUCAUUACAUGCUUAGCAAGGCACAGAUGAAAUCCAAGCCAACUAUGUUAUGGUGUUACAACCACAAGCUUCAACUAAGCAGUAAAAAGGAAAAGCGUCAUAGGCAGAUUCAAAAAUUGAGGCUGAGGGGUCUUUUGGAUCACGAAAAAGUUGAUGCAUUUUCUUUGUUUAUGGAAACUAAAGAUAUAACUUACUGUUUAUAUAAGGAUUCGGAAAAAAUUCUUGGUAAUACUUUUGGAAUGUGUAUACUUCAGGAUUUUGAGACAUUGACACCUAAUCUCCUAGCAAGAACCAUAGAGACAGUGGAGGGAGGAGGGUUGAUUGUUCUGCUGCUUGGUUCUCUAUCUUCCCUGACCAGUCUGUACACCAUGGUCAUGGAUGUCCAUAAAAGAUUUCGAACCGAAUCACACUCUGAGGCAGCUGGGCGCUUUAAUGAACGCUUCCUAUUAUCAAUUGCUUCGUGCAAGGCAUGUUUGGUCAUGGAUGAUGAGAUGAACAUAUUACCAAUUUCAUCUCACAUAAGAUCAAUUACGCCAGUUCUUGUAAAUGAGGACGCUGAGGGACUCUCAAAAGCAAAACAGGGCCUGAAGAAGCUUAAAGAACAACUGAGUGAAAAUUACCUUGUUGGAUUGAUUAGGAAGUGUUGCACAUUGGACCAGGGUCAUGCUGUUGUUACAUUUCUGGAUGCAAUUUUGAGCAAAACACUUCGUGGUACCGUUGCCUUGUUGGCUGGUCGUGGCUGUGGGAAAUCAGCUGCCCUUGGUUUAUCUAUUGCUGGUGCUAUCGCUGUCGGGUAUUCAAAUAUCUUUGUAACUGCACCCAGCCCUGAUAAUUUGAAAACCUUGUUUGAAUUUAUACUCAAAGGUUUUGAGGCACUUGACUACAAGGAGCAUAUUAAUGUGGUGAAAAGUGGGAAGAAUACGGUAAGGAUCAAUAUUUACAAGCACGAGCACCACAUACAAACAAUUCAGUAUAUACUGCCACACGAGCAUGAAAAGCUUUCACUAGCUGAACUGUUGGUUGUUGAUGAAGCUGCUGCUAUUCCACUGUCGAUGGUGAAGUCUUUACUUGGACCAUAUCUGGUCUUCCUCUCUUCUACUGUUAAUGGUUACGAAGGUACUGGACACUCUUUAACACUAAAACUUUUGCAUCAAUUGGAAGCGCAAAGCAAUACAUUUUCCAAGAGCACAGAGGGCACUGAUUCAGGUUAUCUGUUUAAGAAAAUAGAACUGAGUGAAUCCAUCAGAUAUGCUUCUGGGGAUCCCAUUGAAAGCUGGCUUAACAAAUUACUUUGCUUAGAUGUUUCAAAUGCCAUCCCUAAUCUUAGCAGCAGGUUCCUCCCUCCAUGUAGUGAGUGUGAUCUAUACUAUGUUAAUAGGGAUACUCUCUUUUCCUAUCACAGAGAUAGUGAAUUAUUUUUGCAGCGAAUGAUGGCCUUAUAUGUUGCAUCAGAUUACAAGAAUUCUCCAAAUGAUAUACAACUGAUGGCAGAUGCUCCAGCACACCACUUAUUUGUGCUACUUGGACCUGUUGAUGAAUCAAAGAAUCAACUUCCUGAUAUUUUGUGUGUGAUCCAGGUUAGCCUUGAAGGGCAAAUAUCUCGUCAGUCAGUAAAACAAAGUUUGAGCAAUGGUCAUAUACCUUCUGGAGAUCAAAUACCAUGGAAAUUCUGUGAGCAAUACCAAGACACAGUUUUUCCUUCACUUUCGGGCGCUCGCAUUGUUCGCAUUGCUACACACCCUGAUGACAUGAAGCAUGGAUAUGGUUCGCAAGCAGUUGAGCUUUUAAUACGCUACUACGAAGGUCAACUUACUCCUAUCUCUGGGAUUGACGUUGAUGAUGAAGUGCAGACUUCGCAAAUUAGGGUUACUGAAGCUGCAGAAAAAGUUUCACUACUUGAAGAAAAUAUAAAACCAAGAAAAGAACUUCCUCAUUUGCUAGUACAUCUGCGUGAAAGGCGCCCAGAGAAGCUCCAUUACAUUGGCGUCUCCUUUGGGCUAACCUUGGACCUUUUUCGCUUUUGGAGGAAGCUCAAAUUUGCUCCUUUCUACAUUAGCCAGAUUCCAAAUACUGUGACUGGUGAGCAUUCUAUUAUGGUCCUGAAACCCCUAAACAAUGAUGAAAUUAAAGUUGAUGGAUCAAAUCAGUGGGGCUUUGUCAGCCCAUUUUACCAAGAUUUUAGGCAAAGAUUUUUUAGACUUCUAGCUUCCAAUUUUCGUGGCAUGGAAUUCAAGCUUGCUAUGAGCAUCCUGGAUCCAAAAAUCAAUUUUGAAGAGCAAGAUCCUUCAAAGACUGCUUCUCAUAAAUUUAUGGGGUCAGUCAGGGAAUAUUUAUCACCACAUGAUAUGAAGCGACUAAAGGCUUAUGUUUCCAAUUUUGCUGACUUUAACCUUCACCUGAUUUUGGAUUUAGUUCCCAUCCUUGCACGUCUCUACUUUGAAGAAAAGCUUCCCGUUAAAUUGUCAUAUGUUCAAGCUUCUGUGUUACUCUGCAUUGGCCUGCAAAAUCACAACAUUUUGUACAUUGAGGGACAAAUGAAGUUGGAAAGGCAACAGCUAUUGUCUGAAUUUAGGAGGAUAAUGAAGUUGUUCUACAAUUAUCUAAAUGGCCUUGCAUCCAAGGAGAUUGAAUCUACCUUGCCCCGAAUGAAAGAAAUCGUCAUGGAACCUCAUAGUGUGUCUGUGGAUGAUGACCUCAAUAAUGCUGCUAAACAAGUUGAGGAUGGCAUGAAGUUAAAAGCAGAAGCACCCGUUACUCCUGAAUUGCUCCAGCGAUAUGCGAUUGUGGAAGGAGAAUCUGACUUGGAGACAGUUUUACAAAACAACAGAGGAAAAAUACCCAUUGGUGGUCUUAUCAGUGUAAAAUCCAGUAGUAAGCCUGAGAUGAUGAAGAGAAGUCGAAAGAAUGAUAAAAAACGGACAAGAUUUUUUUGGUCACACAACCAUUUUUUUUGGUGGAAUUGCUCAUACAACCAUAAGCUAAGCAAAAGGAGAAGAACCAUACAAGAUUGAUGAAUGUUUUCACUAAAUUCUAUUCUAUUUUAAAUAUUAAUUUUUA